AGAAAAAACUCUGCGAGGGCUUGCCUUGUGUGUUGGGGAUGGGAGUCACAGCUGCUGGAAACAGGAUUCCUGGGAAUCUUUCUGUGUCCUCUCUGGACGCUGUCCCGCCUCCCCAAGCACACCGCCACAUCCCGAGUUGUCCUGUGGGGCUUCCGCUGGCUGAUCUUCAGGAUCAUGCUUGGAGCGGGUCUAAUCAAGAUCCGUGGGGACAAGUGCUGGCUGGACCUGACCUGCAUGGACUUCCACUAUGAGACUCAGCCAGUGCCCAACCCAAUGGCCUACUACCUGCACAGGUCGCCCUGGUGGUUCCAUCGCUUUGAGACACUCAGCAACCACUUCGUGGAGCUUCUUGUGCCUUUCUUCCUGUUCCUCGGGCGCCGGAUGUGCAUUCUUCAUGGGGUGCUGCAGAUCCUUUUCCAGGUGAUCCUCAUCAUCAGUGGGAAUCUGAGCUUCCUGAACUGGCUCACCAUCGUGCCCAGCCUCGCCUGCUUCGAUGAUGCAGCUCUGGGAUUCCUAUUUCCCUCAGGACCUCAAGGCCUAAAGAACCAAGUGCUGGAGAUGCAGAGAGAAGAUACACAAGGGGUCCAGCCCAAGCCAAGAUAUGGCUGCUUGGUGCGGCGAGUGGUCAACGUCUCCCUGGGCAUCCUGGUGGCCUGGCUCAGCGUGCCUGUGGUUAUCAACCUACUAAGCUCCAGGCAGGUCAUGAACACCUCCUUCAACCCACUCAGGAUCGUCAAUACCUACGGGGCCUUUGGAAGCAUCACCAAGGAACGGACUGAGGUAAUCCUGCAAGGCACAGCUAGCCCCAAUGCCAGUGCGCCUGAUGCGGUGUGGGAGGACUACGAGUUCAAGUGCAAACCAGGCGACCCCUGGAGGCGGCCAUGCCUCAUCUCUCCCUACCACUACCGCCUGGACUGGCUAAUGUGGUUCGCAGCUUUCCAGACGUAUGAGCAAAAUGAGUGGAUCAUUCACCUGGCGGGUAAACUCCUAGCUGGUGACGCUGAGGCCCUGUCCCUGGUGGCCCUCAAUCCCUUUGAGGGCAGGACUCCCCCCAGGUGGAUUCGAGGAGAACACUACCGGUACCGGUUCAGCCCCCCGAGUGGCCAGCACGCUGCCCAGGGCAAGUGGUGGAUACGCAAGCGGAUCGGCCCUUACUUCCCCCCACUCCGCCUCGAGGAUUUGAAGGACUACUUUAGGUCUCGGGAGUGGCCACUGCCAAAACCUCACCCACACACAUCCCUGAAAUAAAGACCAGAGACUUAA